UUGGCAACGAUCUCACUCGCAUAUCUGAAAACGUGCAAGCAGUGGCUUGUCGGGAAGGGCGAAAUACAGUCAACAUGGUGAAAAAAGGAACGAGAAAUUUGAAAGUCCCCAAGCCUAAAAGCCUUAAACAUGGAGGCAAAGACAAAGAAAAGAAUCCUAUGCGAGAAGUCAGAAUUCGAAAACUAUGCUUAAAUAUCUGUGUUGGUGAAUCGGGCGAUAGACUGACAAGAGCUGCAAAAGUGCUUGAACAGUUAACAGGUCAACAACCAGUCUUCUCCAAAGCCAGAUACACAGUGAGAUCUUUUGGUAUCAGAAGAAAUGAAAAGAUUGCUGUUCAUUGCACUGUAAGAGGUCCAAAAGCUGAAGAAAUUUUAGAAAAAGGAUUGAAGGUCAGAGAAUAUGAAUUGAAACGUGAAAAUUUCUCAGACACCGGAAACUUCGGCUUUGGUAUCCAAGAACAUAUAGAUUUAGGUAUCAAAUAUGAUCCUACUAUUGGUAUUUAUGGCUUGGAUUUCUAUGUUGUCUUAGGAAGACCUGGAUUCAAUGUAGCUUAUAGAAGGAGGAGGAAGGGAACAGUUGGAGCAAAGCACAGAUUGUGUAAAGAGGAAGCUAUGAAAUGGUUUCAGCAGAAGUAUGACGGUAUCAUCCUUCCAAGCAAGAGUGGCAAAUAAAGUGGAAUUUGCAAAUAAAAGAACUGUACUCUUUGUUAAUGUGAUCAUUCAUUUGUUUUACAUAAUACAUUAAACAUAGCAUGUUUA